GGUAAAGUAAAAAUAGACUACAGUGUAGCUCACCUCACUGACUAAACACAGUGAUGCCCUGCUGUAGCUGGAGAGCAAUCGUGUCAAACAGACAACCCGUUUUGUUCGUAGACUGCUGGAAUAUGACAGAAAACGUCGCAGUGGUCGGUCUGGCGCUGUUAUCUCUGGCCUUGUUCAUCUCUUUGUGUCUCAAUGUCAUCUUCUGCAUCAGGCGAAGAGCCACUUUGUGCAGAGACACAGACGAGUGCUGCUGCACGCACAUUUAUACAGGAGAAAGAAGCCCGUCACAGGAAGAAGGGCAUUAUUUUCAAAACCUUAAUCAUGAAGAGCAGCAGGAAAAUCCCCACAAUCAUCAUGAGCAACAGGAAAAUCCAAUCUACGGCAACAUCAGCUCAGACAGAAGAGAUUCUGUGGAGGUUUGCUAUGAGAUGAUGACCAUGCAACACGCGAGAGAUCGUAUGAAGUCUUUAGAGCCUGACCUGAAUUACGCCUCUUUGGAUCUAAAGAUGGCAAAGAAGCGCAUGAAGAAGAAUCGCCAUCAGCAGGGCCCCGCUCAGGGACGAAACAAACUUCAAGAUGAACUGCCGGUCCACCUCACACCCCCUGUGAAUGCUUUCCUGGAGGUGGAGGCAGACAUGGACGCUCACCUUCCUUCCAGGGACACCAGCACCAUGGUUUCACACAGCAGCAUCUACCUGAACAGUCAGCAGAUAGCCCAAGAGGCGGAGGAGAUGGAAAGAGAAAGGGGCAUGAACAUGGAGAGGGAGGGUUGGGAGGGUAUAAGGAGGAGGGAGGACGGGCAAAGUAGAGAGUGGAAAGGAGAGCAAGAGAGUGAGGAAAGAAAAGAUUGUAAUGGGAGUGUAUGCACACAGCUGUCAGAGGUAGAGGCCAUUCAGAGCAGCACAGAUCAUUUUAUCAGCAGCUUUAGCCAUGACAUUGACCAACAACAUUAGGCAGACGCCAUGUUAAGACUCAAACUGUUCAGAACAAAAAAAUAAAAGAGUCACCUUCAAUAGUCAAGCUUUGCGCAAUUUUCCUCUUUGAUGUGAACAAACUCUCCACAUUGAGCAACAAAAAGUGCACCUUUCUGUGCAGAGGAUGUGAUAAACGUAGAGGAUAUAAAGAGAAAAGGAAACUGUGUGACAUUUAGAGGUCAGGGGCCACGUGGAAAUUUUUAAUUUGUUGCGAAAGACGAGGAAAACAUCAAAUCAUCACAGGACACGGAAGAUCUUUCACUUUUUCUGAUGUCUCAUUGAAAGGUGUGAAGGGGGAAAAAAAAUAUUUUUUUCCAUGCUGUAGGCGAUGGCCAAGCCUCGAUACUUUCUUGAAUAAAGGAGAAGAAGAAGAAAC